ACUAAUCAAACAGAAUAUGUCCAACGAUUAUGCCUCACCAGCUCAACGCAAAUAUUCAGUUCCUGAGGGAGUUGUUUCAAUACUUUCGUAUGAACGUAACCCCCAACAUGGUAUUCAACCACUUACCGCUCGAGCUCAACAGUGGCAGCAAUUUAAACGAAUAAGUGGCACUACCGAAUUCACCGACUAUUUCUGGCCAUUUUGUACAGACCCCGAUCGUUACGAAAUUCUUAUUAAAUUGAUACUAAACCUAUUUGUAUUAGACGAUCACAUGGAGACCCCGUACGGCGAUAUUGAUCGCCGUAUGCCAGAAGCGGAGACCAUAUUCGGCCAAUUGUAUCGCGUAUACGAUAAGCUAUUACAACCAACUGACAGAGCGGAUCAGCCCGAGUACGUGUCAUUUCACGCGUGGAAACCUUAUGUGUUGGGCGCGUACGCCAUAUACGACAAGGUGUUCACAGCUUAUAAUGAUGUUCAGAAACAUAGGUUUAUAGACAUAUGGCGCUCGUGGACCGAUGGUAUGGUUGGGGAGUGCGCCCAUUUGCAGCACAACAAACAGUUUGAUAACCUUGAUGAAUUUUUCGAGGUUAGGGAAAAAUCUGUAGCUAUUUUAAUGAUCUAUCAUCUCAUUGAAUACGCGGAAAAUCUGUUUGUCCCGGAGCUCGAGUGGCGGAACCCAACGGUCCAACAAUUGUUAAAACAAUUGUCACAAGCUAAUGGACGCGGGGAUAAAGGUCCUAGCGCAGUUUACAACAGUGUAGCUGUAUUGACCCAAAUGCAAAACAUAUCGCUGACAGAGUCUAUGACUCACUGGUCGAAUGAAUUUAAGAAUUUGGAAACAAUUAUCGUUGAAUUGUCUGAUGAAAUACUAGCGGCUGAUUGGGCCAGUCCUGACAUCCGGCGAUUUGUUCGCAGCGCAAUGUAUGCCACUGGCGGUCAUUGGAAAGUUUCCACCAUGCUCGAUCGUAUUGCCAGCUAUGAUAAUGUGGUCACUCUGCCCUCCACAACAUCCAAUCCCUGUCACGUCGACAAUACCUGCAACUGUACUGUCGAUGAGAUUGAAGUGAUUUGUGGCGACGAAAUAACCGACACAUCUAUUAAGCGGACAUUCAAUGAGAUUAAAAUGAAGAAAUAUUUAGACGCAUUUGAGUUGUACGACAAUCAUCUCAUCACUGGUCUCCCCGACUAUAUCUUUUACGACGUGUCAUUCAAAACAAUGAACGUGUUCAAUGUGAAAACACUGACCAUGGUGGGCGAGAAUGCGUUCGCCAGUUCAGUCAAUACGACCACAUCUUUGCGGAUCAGCUCGUGUUCACUGAAGUCCAGCGAAUCCUUAUUUAAAGCCAUUUCACAAUUGGUUCGCUUGACUUCUGUUAAUCUCUCAGACAAUCAGCUAGAGGAGAUACCAGAUAAUGCGUUUGGACCAAAUCAGCAUUUAUUGACCAUGGUUAUAUUGGACAGAAACCGAUUAAAGAUCCUUGCGGACAAUUCAUUUACACUGCAAUCUGUAAACGGCUCGCAAUACAAUCCCUUAAGAAUUAGCCUCAAACUGAACCAAAUCGCCCAAAUCGGUGACCAGGCCUUUGCCGGACUCGACCGACCCGUCACUCUAGACCUGUCUUUCAACAAUUUAACGCAAUUAACGGCCAAAACAUUUGCCCAUUUGUUAAGCUACGAGCCCUCAAAGAUUAUUGUUAAAGGAAAUCACGUGAACUGUAUCUGUGGUCUGAAAUGGGUUUACGUGAACAGCACUAUGAAGCCUAAGAUGUCGGGUCCCCUCCGAUGCGAUGAUAAGCGCUACUUCUCCAGCCUUACGGACACUGAUUUCAAAAAUUGUACCUAAAUUAAAAAUGAUGGUACUUUUAAUUUAUAAAUCAAUGCCCA